CUUUUCCUUUUCGCUCGAGGUCGCAUCUCCCAACACAUCCAGUGACCCACGCACCUCAGAUCAUAGCAGCAUCGCAACAAGGUCAUCCUUGAAGCCAGAUCGCACUUUCGAGGCUCCGGGCGCUUACACACACACACCAACACACCACCAGCACCAACCAUGCCACCGAAGAAGACGCCAUCCGCAGCAGACAAGGCAGACAAGGCAGACAAGGCAGACAAGGCAGAUAAGCCUGCGUCGAAGCCUGCACCGAAGCCUGCUGCAAGCGCCUCGCCUGCUCUGGAUGCGGAUGGCAAGCCCAAGCGCAGGAAGCGCACAGAGAACAUGCUCAUUCGCGUCCACGUCUGCCGCAAGAAGUUCAAGUUCCCGGCCAAGCCCACGGAGCGGCUGACGACUGUCGCCAAGCACAUGGCCCAGUUCUACCAGGACAUCUUCGAAGAGCCCAUGCCUGAGCGGUUUGUCUCGUUCACAGACGAGGAUGGAUACUACGUGAGCCUCAAGCUCACAAUCGGCGAUGUCUGUGAACACAACGGCGUCCUGCGCGCUCUGACCAAGAAAGGUGCUGACACACACAAGCGCGCAAGCGCCAGCAGCACCACGAGUGCGAGCAAGAAGGCCAAGACAACGACAGCAACAACAGCGACAGCAAGUGCUGCGUCGAGCACCGCUGUCAAGGCUCCAGCAUCCCCAAAGAGGGCAUCCAAGGACAAGCCUUCCACCACUACGACUACCACGACGACCACGCGGGUGAAACCCGCAUCCCAGGCGCCCACACCCUCGACGUCCUCCAGCAAGGACACGGAUGGCAAGGGCUCAAAACGCAAAGACGCCAAGAAGGCUGAGGCAGCAGCUGCUGUGACGCCUACGUCACCGAAGAAGAAGAAGACAGCAACAACAACGACGGCAACCGCAGCAGCAAAGAAGAGUGAUGCGGAAGAGAAGAAGAAGAAGAAGGAGAAGAGGGAAGAGGCAGCAAGGAAGAAGAAGGAAGCAGAGGAGAAGAAGAAGAAGGAAGCAGAGGAAGCAGCACGGAAGAAGAAGGAAGAGGAGGAAGCGGCAGCAAAGGUGAUGGACGAAGAAGAAGACGAGGAUGAGGAUGAGGGUGAGGUUGACAGCGAGGCGGAAGACAACAACGAAGAGGAUGAAGCAGUUGAGGAGGAGGAGGAAGACGCUGACGAGGGUGAAGCCGAAGACAACGACGAUGACGAUGAUGAGGACGAUGAGGAUGAGGAUGACAGCGAGGCUGAUUCCGAGACACAGGGGGAAUCGGCGUCCCCUGUUGCUGCCAAUGGAACCGCCGACAGUGAGGGUGAUGAUGACAGCGAAGACGACGACGACGACGAUGAUGAUGAUGAUGAUGACAGUGAGGAUGACGGUUACACGGGCGGCAGCUCUACGCCGGCGACGCCAAAGCCAAAGGUCCCGUCGAGUCUCGGGCAGCGCAACAUCGGCCGCGGCAAGCACUCAAAGGCCGCCACUCCCAAGAGCGCUCGCAAGACGCGCAGCAAGACAAAGAAGGCCGCAGCCUGAUUCCUCCCUACAACCACCACCACCACCACCACAGCCGACCACAAUUGAAACGCCAUUUCUUCCAUGCAAUCACGUCACAUCACAUUACAACGCCUUUCUUUCGUCAUUUUCGCCCGUGUUCUCUCGUUGCACUCUCACACAUUCGUUCGCCGCUUCCUGUUCGUUCAUUGUUCCAUCUGUGCACACUGGCCCCCUGCUUUCUCCGUCUGUUUUGCUUUCUCGAACGUGUCAUCAAGCUGCAUGCAAGAAGUACACUAAGCUGCAUGCAAGAAGUACACUCAAAUCACCGCCAA